AUGGUGCCCUUUGAGAACUGCCUGAGCGACCCGUACAUCAACAAUGUGCCUACACCGCUGCAAUGGGUGCCCAUGUUUGUCGAUGCCGCCUUCGACACGACAGAUCCUAAGCACACACUCCGUGUGACCAUGUGGGGAAACGUGACGGGCGCCUCGACUGCUGUUACCCUCCCACCGCCCAAUAGCCCGGACUGGGCUGAUCCUAGCAAGACCGACGGCAAGAUAUUGUACGAACCUGAGCCCAACGUGCCGGAGCCCAAGAUCACGACGCUCCAUAGCAAGAUUGAGGUCCUCACGUACGAACCGUGGAACGAAGGCACAGACUUUUGCAACAAGUCGCUUACCAAUGCCUCGUGUCCUCUCGCUCCCGUCUUCAACGCAAACCCGAGGUCGCUUCCCUAUGCCCUUCCUUCCGUGACAAUGAGCCAUGACUUCUACUCGACCUACGCCUUCACAUCUCUGACGGCCACGUUCUUGAUCAUCUAUGGCGACACCAAGGGCACAAAUAUUGGGUGUGUUUCGGCAGCCGUGACGCCUGAUUUGGGCAGCCUGACUUGGAUGCUCACAUUCUUGCCCCUUGCCGUGCUGCUCUUUGUUGGGGGUGCUACCGUCUUUGCAGGGAUAUUCAGUCCGUGGGGGGCCGCCGACAUCUUCCACUGGAGUUCCAAUUACGGCCGCGAUCCCGACCUACUCCGGCUCGUCACUCCGGGUUUCGGAGAUUGUCUGCAGUACAUCCAGUUCGUUGUCCUGACCGGCGGCCUGACCCUCAACUACCCUGGCUUCUACCAACCCAUUGUGAGCCAAGGAUCGUGGUCAGUGCUCAUGUUCAACCAAAGCUUCGUGAGCAAGGAGCUUGGGUGGCGCAGUGUGCGGGACGGCAUCUACGUGACCGAGGGCAGUUACGGCCUUCAAAAACUUGCCCAGCUAGUUGGCAUCCCCAGGCUGGAGGACAUCUGGGCUGGCAUGAUGGUCUGGCUGUUGGGCAUCAUUGGUGCCAUGUUCGUCAUCUUCUAUGGCUGGUUCUUUCUCCAGUGGAUCUAUCGGCUCAUUAAAAACAUACCCGAGGAAGACCUUCGUGCCAAAAACUUUCCCUUUACGGUUGGCAACGUCGUCAGGAUCGUCUUGAAUUAUUUCCUGUUGCCGAUCGUGGCUCUGUCAACCUUCCAACUCGUCGUCGCGAGCGAGUCUCCAGCCUGGACCGUGGCACUGGCCGUCAUCACGCUGGUGCUCAUCAUCGGCUUCGCAGUCUGGCUGCUCUAUCUCAUUAUUACGACAAAACCGAGAGCGUUCUUGUUUGAUGACCUCCCUACCGUCCUUCUCUAUGGCCCGCUGUACAACACGUACUCUGACGAAGCUGCAGCUUUCACCCUCAUCCCUGUACUGCUGACGUUUGUACGUGGCAUUGCCAUCGGGGCCGUCCAGCCGGCUGGGGUUGCCCAGAUCGUUCUCCUUGCUAUUUGCGAGGUGAUCCAGAUCCUUACGCUGCACGCCUUCCGCCCGUUCCACUCGCCCACCUCAAUGAAUGCAUACCACACGCUCUUCUCCGCGCUCCGUCUCAUUACUGUUCUCUUGAUGGUUGCCUUUGUACCUUCGCUCGGUGUGACCGAUGGCCCCAAGGGCUGGAUUGGCUACGCCAUUCUCGUCGCUCAUGCCGGUGUGCUUGUGCUCGGUUUUCUUCUAAACGCCGUACAGACCAUCGUCGAGGUUCUCGCCCGAAUGCUCGGGGCCGGUGGCGACGACAUACGUGGCCAAUCGAGGGGUGCUCUGUCGAAGAUCUUCGGGAUGCGGCAACUCUCCCGACGUAUGUCUAGGCGGCGGGUGCAGGGCCCGUCUCGACAAAGUCAGUUGUCUAGCUCUGCAAUGCUGGAUGCUGAUGAAGUUUCCAAAGCUGGAUACAUCAUGCCCGGAGGCCGUCUGCGGAGCGAGUCGGCAGGAAGCGUGGGGAUCGCGAUGCAUCGCCGCCAGAGAAGUUCGUCUGUCCUCGACAGCCUCAGCCUUGAUGGCCCGAUUCGCAAUCCUGACCAGAGUGUGGCUGGCUCGUACACUCCGACAACCCCAGGAGAGGCCAGUGCAUACUCCUUUUUGCCGUCACCCAAACAUGCAGCUCGGCCGCCGGCUGCAUUCGGUAUGCAGACGCCGGACCCUUUCUAUCGCCCGCCAAGACACCGGCGUCAGACAAUGGAGAGCUCGCCUCUGCAGGCGGCCAAGACCGGCGGCUCGUGGACUGCGGGCGAAUGGUCCCAGAAGCGGCUUAGCCAGUGUCCAGCGGGACCUUCCAGCGAACCUGCAGAGCUCGGCACACAGAUCUCGAGAGAUGCCACGCCCGCGCCGUAUGCCGCUUCCUUUUUCCCGAGGACUGACUACGCAACUCGCGAGGUAGACUUCUACUACGGCGUCAGAGGAGAGAGGCUGAACUCGGAUGCGCGCGGUCGUAAGCUAGGAACUGGCCCGGCUGACCCAACCUCGCCAAUGGCGUCUGCCGCAGGCUGGCUUAGGGGAAUGUUUGGCGCAAAGAGAAAGGACAAAGGGAAAGGAUUUGAAGUUGUCAGGAGUGCGCGAAUGCCCCCUGCAAUGCGCGCCGCUGGCGGGGACUAUGAGGAGGAGGUCAACCCUGAUGGGAUACCAGUCGCGAUGGGCGUCUUGCGGAAUGGGCCCAUCGAGUCGGACGAGGAAGGUGAUCAGCGACAGAACAAGAGCGUCCGUCGGAAACGGGGAACGUCGCCGGAGCCGGAGCAGGAACCGUUAAAUCAUGGAGCCGAAGCGGGAACCGACGAGGCAGAUGACAUGGGCACUGCAAGCGCUUCGGCUGUCCCGACUCUGACACUCGAUAUUGGAACCGAGGAGAGUCUCAGCGUGGCGGUUGCAGCGGCGCAACCCGGCGGGGAUAGCGAACUGGUUGUCCCGGAAGUGCCUCGGAAGAGUUCGAAGCGUACUUCUUGGAAUAGCCCCCAUCUUCAGGCGGCUCAAUCUCCAGCACAACAACCUGGGCCGAGCAACCCAGGCAACCUCACCUUAUCCGCACCGACGCCAUCGUCUCGAUUGCCGUUUGAGCGGACUCCGUCUCAGAAGACUGCUUCAGGCUCGUCGGCAGGGCUCACCGAUGAGUUUACUCAGGUCGACCUGCAGGACCGGUCUGAUAGCACCGACGGAAGGCCUACUAGCUACGGAUUCGUCAACCAGGGGAGCAUCAACAGAGUCGACCGCGAGGUUGAUCUGCUAGGCAGUUCUGCCGAGGUGGUUGAUGAGAGACGAUGA